CAUAAUCAUUAGCGACGAGUAAGACAAAUGAAAGGUGCCAAAGUAAUGUGCCACGUCUUCGUCUCGUAUGAGUUGCGAUACUUUGGCAGAUAGAGACAGGUAGAGCAUCAAUGGGAAGGUGGAGCGUCGAGCGUAUGUAAAUAAACAAUCGUAGAGGCGGUAUAUUAGCGGUUUAAAAAAAAGGAGAGUGCAGAGGUGUUAUAAUAUAAUCGGUGUGUGUCAUUAUCGAGUCCGGUGAUAGCUCGCACGGUGCACGGUGCCGUGCUAGCUCUACUAAUUAAGUAUAGGUGGGGGGAAGGGGCGGGCGGGACGCGCGGAGGCAGGGCGGGGCGAAGGCGGGCCGCUUCAUUCCGCCGCGCGCCGCGCCGCCGCUCGCACGUCAGUCCGCGCGCGCGGGCCAUGGUCGCGAGAACCGAUGAGAGCAUGUUCGGGUGCUAUGGUGACAGCUACUCGUACCGCCUGUGGAGCCUGGCCAACGUGUGGGGCGCCUGCCGAUUCCGCCCUCUCGCGGGCGAGAGCAAGCCCCCGGACGAGGAGGAGGACCGGGGCUCCCCGCUGGGCCCGGGCGGCCCGUUCUCCUGCAGCCAGUGCCGCGGCGCCUACCCCACGAGAGAGCAGCUCGAGCGCCACGAGACGCUGCACUCGCCCAACACUCAGGUGGAUACUGUCAAAUAUGCCUGCAAGAUCUGCCACAAAAGCUUCGCAAAUGUAUACCGACUGCAGCGGCAUAUGAUAAGCCACGAUGAAAGCGCGAACCUUCGCAAGUUCAAAUGCAACGACUGCGACAAAGCCUUUAAGUUUAAGCACCAUUUGAAAGAGCACCUCCGCAUACAUUCCGGAGAGAAGCCAUUUGAAUGUGCCAACUGCGGAAAGAAAUUCUCGCAUUCCGGCUCUUACUCUUCGCACAUGACUUCUAAGAAGUGUUUGGUUAUGAAUCUCAAGAUGGGCCGCAUCAAGCCUAAUAAUCCUGCCCUUAACCCUGACCGAAGCCCUUCACGCAAGCGCGCCAACGCAAUGGCUAGCCAAUUAAAUAAUAACAUCGCCCCUAAUGGAAGCUCCUUCCUACCAAUCCUUCCCAAAUACAACGAGGCAGCGUUCUUUGCCAAUAUGUCACAAGACAACGGCUUCCAUCGCUCGCCGCUCGGCAGAAUGCCAUUCUACAUGCCUCCCGGUAUGCCCAUGAGCCCAGCGAAUGGUAUCGCCCCUUACAGUUUCCCGGCGCCACUUACCCAGUUACUUGAGCAACUCGCUUCAUCGCAAUACUACCAAACUAAAAUAGAAAAUCCUAUGAGCCCAAAACGAAGCCCCCAUCCGACAGAUCCUGAGGAUAUGAUCGAAGAAGUGACUGAAGAAGACGAUAAGCGCUCAGAGGGAAGCGCUGAACUAGUUAUGGACAUAGAAGAUGAAGAGGCAGUCUCUAUUAAAAAAGAACGUGAGGAACGAGAAUGUGAUCUGAGAUCAGCCACUCGUAACUUAGAUACCGUCCCCUUAAACAAUAAUGGCCCUGAAGCCGACAACAACCAAUCUUUCAACACGAUAUUAGAAUCCGUUAACGCAUCAGUAACUAAACAUUUCUUCAGAGCCAAUAUGGAGAAGAUGUCUCCUAUGUCGGGAAGCGUUUGCCCUAGCAUAGAGUCGCCGCCGACCCCGCACGUCAUCAUCAAAGACGAGCCCGACGAUUUACACAAAUGCUUAAAAUGCAACGCUAUUUUCAGAAAUAAAAGCGAUUUAUUAGACCACGAGAAGGCGUAUUGCGGAAAUUUAUUAACAUUUAGAAAGCACGAGGGCUUGGCAGCACAGGUUGAAGAAACGGUAGCGCUCAAUAGACUGGAAGCCGAAAUGCGGGCAUCCAUCCAAAGCGGAGUCAGUGCCAGCGAGGAUGAAGAUUUCACAAGGGAAGGCCGCGACGAGAAAAACUCCACUCAUGAUGACGUCCGGAAAAUCAGAGUUCGAACCAACUUAACCGACGAGCAGCAGGCGAUUCUGAAACAACACUACGCUAUUAACCCUCAACCAAAACGCGAGGAAUUCAAAAAGAUCGCUCAGGAAAUCGGUCUUCACAAUAGAGUGGUGCAAGUCUGGUUCCAAAAUAACAGGGCGAGGGUUCGAAGAAUGACACAGACCGUAGCAGUGUACGACCAGCCUUUAGACCUGUCGACCAAAAAGAGCGCGUCAGUGACGUCGAGUCCAUCGCCGUCGCCCUGCAGCAUUUCCGUCACACAUUCCGACUCCGAGGAAGCGGUCAAUCUGAGCCAGAAAUCCUCGCGCAGCACGACGCCCCACCGCAACAACUACUUGAACACUUACCCACAUUCCAAUUGUUCUUCAUCGUCUUUCACAGACUUCCGAAUGUCACCGUCGCCGGGGGAGUUAGGAGCCCAGAAACGGCCCUUAGCUCAGAAACUGAACCCUACAAUACCGAUGGACAAGCUGUUACAAUACAACGACAUGGCGAAUACCCGGUCGCCUAUCCUUAAUAUGCACAUGGACGGGCGCGCGCCUGGGCUAAGUCCGUCGUACGAGCGACCGCUGUGGGGAGAGGAGAUGCUCGCCCAUAACGACUAUGACGACGAUGGGCCGGUACUUAAGAAGAAUAAACUGAAGAUGGAGUUUAAGGAGGGCGAGGGCCAGUUCGUAUGCGACCAGUGCGACAAGACCUUCGUUAAACAGAGCUCGCUCGCGCGGCACAAGUACGAACACUCAGGUCAGCGGCCGUACAAGUGCGUGGAGUGCCCGAAAGCCUUCAAGCACAAGCACCACCUGACGGAGCACAAGCGGUUGCACACCGGCGAGAAACCCUUCCAGUGCUGCAAGUGCCUCAAGAAGUUCUCGCACUCCGGCUCCUACUCGCAGCACAUGAACCACCGCUUCGCCAUCUGCAAACCCUACCGGGACUAGGUCUCGCAAGUCUCAACUCAACCACGCUGCUUACUUAAUUUACCUCAGAACGUGCUGCCACUGCAUAAUACUCAUAAUACUCAAGUAUUCGUCGCCCGGUAUUUUCGUUUCGAAGUUAAUUAAUAUUGCUCAACGUCAUAUUUUUAUACGGUAGAGUACGAAUCCCCUAUUUAUAUUGUAUAGUGCCAAAUAUACCAAAGGAAUGUGCCAUGCUAAUGCCAAAAAUUUUAUCACGUUAACAUUUUAUCUCUUUAAAAUUAUACCUAUAGUUUUAUGUGCCAAAUACCAAAGGCCGGUACCUGUAGCAUAAUACUCGAUAAAUGUAAUGUUGUUCUUCUUUAUAUUUAUUAUUGCCAUAUAUAAAUAUGUAAUAAGCUAGAUGUUCUGUUUAAAGUUUAUUUGUAGGAUCGCGACGAGAACGCAGGCCCGCGGCCCACGCCGCGCUGCCCAUGUGAUGACAAUAUUCUAUAGUUAUAACACUGAUAUUCAUUAUUUUCCUCGUAUCUACCACUACCAUGUAUAUAAAUGAACAAUAUACGUACAACAGAGUACCUACGUGUCGCGAAGACCAUUGACCGACAACCGACGAAGGCACUAAGGCCUGGGGCCAAAAGCCUGUCCUGUUACGAAAAUAAAUUUUAUAAACAAUAGUUUAAGGUUCUCGUAAUACUUUAGAUAGAUUCAAUCUUAAAUAAGUCUUAAGCAUUCCAUAAUACUCCUAUGGGAUCUCUGCUGUGUUUAAAAAACUCUUUCGAUUAGUCCAAAGAUUAGCAUGUAACGUGUAAAUAAUUCGUGUUGUAAAUAUUGUAAGAAUUAUCUGUACAUAUGCGCGCUUGCUCUCUUUAGUCCGUUUGUGGCUUCUCCUGUCGCAUCUGACACAAUGAAUAUGGUGACAAUAAUAAACGAUUUCGAUUAUUAAACACAAUAGGAUUAAAUAGAUUAUAAUUAAACUCUACCUAUAGUUCUUAAACUCCGAUAAGGUUUCACAACGAUUUUACUCAGUAAACUAAUUCAAGAUUCUGUCUUCACUACCUCUGUAGCGCUGUUUAAUUUCAUUUAAUACUGCGAUUAAAUAUAUUUGGAUAAUAAUUUAACGUAGAUUAACGAGAUUUACAAUUAAACCAAAACCGCCAUUUUGAAAUGUACUUAAUUAAGUUUUAUUUCACUUUUUAAGUGCUUUAAACCGACCCGAAUUCUAAAAAUGAUCACCCUACAGCAGUAUAAUAGAACAGAAAGUUCCUAAGCAAAAAACAUUAAAUUAGAGAUAUUUAGAUACCUAAUAAUUAUUUCUAUAUGUUCUAAUAUAGUAAGUAGACUCAAUUUUUCUGAAAGGUUUCAAAGCAACGAAUUACAAUAAUGAAUAACGAACAGUAUAUAGUUACUUUAUCCUUUAGUAUUUACCUACAUUAGAAAUUAUCACAGUAUUUGAACACCAUCAAAAUUCAUGAAACAUUGGAGCCACAACAUUGUUAUUAAAAACAGUAUUUUAACCCCAAGCAAUGUUGAUUAUGACAUUUCUAUCAUUUUAUCAUUGUAAUUAUGAUAAUAUAACCAAAUAACAAUUAUGAUAGGUACAUUUGGGAGUUUUUUGAGCAAAAUGUACCUGUUUUAAUUGAUAUUCAAUGUACUUCAAAAUGUGUUAAAUUUAAUGAAGCCCGUUUGAAACAUUUCAUAUUUUAUCAUGCCUAAUUCUAGUUUAGUUUUAUGUAAUUAUAAUUUAAUUGACGUUGGAGAAGUGAUUUCCAAAUCACCUGGUGGGCUAGGGAAACCAAAGAUUAGUUAUGUGUUAGCUUGAUGCGGACUUGUACCAUAUAGCAUCCCAUCACAUUUAGUUUUAGUUAGUUUUAGUUUUGUGCCAAAAAUAUUUAAGACUUAAAAUAAUUUUAUACAUACUGUAAGUGAAAUUUUAUUUUUACAAGGAAUGGCAUAUGUACUGUGGCAAUGUUUAGUUACUUGUGCAAUCAUUAUUGCAACAAAAGUAUUUCUUCCUUUGUGAGUCCACGAUAGGUUUAGUGGUAAUGAUAAGCCAAUGUGAAUUCCUAUUGCCAUAUUGUGUUUGUUGUAUUGUAUGUAUCGAUGUGUAUGGGAGCGAGAGCUCAGGCCGGUUGCUGAUCAUUUGUUAAUAAUAAGUACCUACUCUAGAUUGUUAAACUUACCCAUAGAUUAACAUGUGUUAAAAUAUUACCUAUAUAAAUUAUAGUAAUUCAUUUUACUUGAUAUUAUAAUGUAUAUUGAAUUUAUGAAUAUUAAAAUUAUAUAUAUUGACAA